AUGCACUGCGUGGCGCGAGUUUCGGAGCGGUGCGCGUUGCUCUCGCUUCCGCCUUGUGUUGCUUUCCUUGUCCCGUCACUGCGGCGCGGGCAGGGGGAGAACUUGUAGCUGGGCUACACCUGACGGAAAUGGGGAGGUAUGCGGUUUCCUUGUAGGGGAAUGCAUGUGCGGAGAAAUAAAGAUGCUUCUGAGCGAGCAACAGCACGUCUUGGCCUACAAUGGAGAGCUCCUCGUCUUUCAGCUGUCAAAAGCAAAGCGUGUGGAGGGAGCAGCUGACAGAACAGCGAAGCUGUGUGUCAGGAGGAUGGCAUUUGACAGAGACGCUCAGCUGUUUGUUCAGAAGUCAUCCGGAGCCUUUAGCGUGCGUGCAAAGCACUCUGAAACUGAGAUCGUUUGCUGUGACUGCGCCACGCGUUCCAAAACGGGGGUUGUUCUUCCCUGUGUUUUGGUGAAAAUGAAAAAGCACAAUGGCGUCGUCGAGCACCUUUUGCUGUUGCUUCACAGCUCCGAUCGGUUUGAGCAGUGCUGUCAUUUUAGAUUGGAUUACGAGCUGAAAGAGGACGUCAGGUUGUUCGCUGGCCCCUCGGUGUUGUGGAGGCACGCCAACAAGCUGUUCUACGUCUCUUCUGAUACCUGCACGGUUCUGAGCGCUCCUGUGCAACUUUCUUCCAUUGCGUGGAUGGGUGAAAUUGAGGGUGAAGGCACUGUUGUGUUAGGGAUCAGAGCUGCUUGCCUGCCGGAGAGUGAAGAUGGGGAUGAGUUUUCCACUUCAGACAGAGCCAUCUGGGGCAGUGAGUUCUUUGGAUAUGCCAUUGAAAUGCAAAAAAUGCUGACUGGAGCACGCUUCAUGCCUCAUGCUUACAGUAGAGUGGUAUCUUCUGUCUGCGUCUGCAAGAGUGAGAGACUGCAAAAACAGCUCAGAAUAUCAGCUGCUGCCAUCACACAAAAGAAUCAACUGAUCUGGUUCCAAGACGGUGUCCCUAAAGGUGUUUGUGAACUUCCUUAUGAAAAACCAUGUUUAAUAAAAACUGCUGUAACCAGUAGCAAUGAUUUGCUAUUUAUUGUAUCUUUUUCCUCUGGGAAUAUAUGUGUUGUACAGAGAGAGAACUUGCAGGUUACUUCCAAAUGGCAGAAGGUGAAGUCUGUUCUGGUAGAUGAUUUUAUUGGUUCUGGAACUGAGCAACUGCUACUGCUUUUUAAUGAUGACUCCAAUACAGAUGCGUUAAAUAUGUUUAAAAUAACGGAUUUUGGAAAGAUAAACUAUGAAAGUGGUAUUAAUUAUAAAGACGAUGUUCCUGCUGCAGAAGGAUUACAAGAGAAUGGUUUGCUUACCAUCCAAGCUCUUGAAACAAGAUUACAGGCUGGUCUCGCCUCUGUUCGAGAGCUACAGCAGCAUUUAGGUCUCAAAAAGAGGGUUAUUCUUCAGUCAUGCAGAGCACUAAUAGAUCUUGUUGAAGGAAGAAACCAUAUUCUACCAAGUGCAAAAAAGGAAGGCCUUGUCAGUCUCUGGGAUGAUGUGGGAAAACCUCAUUCUGUUAGUAAAGAGCCAUCAUUGACACCUAAACUUCAAGAUCACUUCAUAGAGAAAUUGUGGCAACGUGUUGUGGGUGACAACUUGGUAGUUGGAGUAAAACUAACUGAAUCAUUUUGUUUGUCAGUGAGUGAUAUCAGUUUAUCAUUAGUGAUGGAUCAAGACUUCUCUUUGAUUUCUCCAAUUAUUGAGUGCCGGAAUAAAAUCAUUAAGUUGAACAAAGUCUUCUCAGCAUUAUCUGUCUCCUCAUGUCAAAUUGAGCCUCCUCAAAAAAAGAUGAAAUUGGACUUGCGUAGCAAGAAUGAUCUGAAAGAAGAGUUUCAUAAGAGGUGUUCUAGGACUCAGCUGGAUAAAGCAAAUACAGUCACUGCUGUUACCAGCCUUUCACCACUACUGGCAUUUCAUCGUGUUUGCUGUGCAGUUCUACUACAUGCAAAGAAACAAAAACAUCAGAAUGGUGAUUUACAGAAGAGCAAAAGGAUGACUUUACUCUGUGGAAAAAUUUUGCUAAGUCUGGAAGAUAUUUCAAAUGGGAAAUAUUCACUAAAUAUGCUCAAGGAUAAUAGUUAUUGUACAGGUUCAAUGGAAGACAUAGCUGCUAUCCUUGCAGUAUCUAUCAGAUCUUCCUUUCAGAUUCUGUCUUCUGACUGCACACUGACUCGAGUAAAUUCGUGGUUACUUGGAGAAAUGGAGUGCGUACCAUUUAAGGAAUGCCAUGACAUGGUAUUCGCUCAUAAAGCAGGAAAUGUCUACGGUACAGUCUUUAGCUGGACACUGAAAAGUCCAUUUGAAGGAGUUCUAACACUGUUUUGCAGGAGUCUGACUGUCUUGUUCCAGUGUCUUCAUAGCCUUAUUAGAGUUCUUCCACCAAGAUGUGAUGUAAAACUCAUGAAAUCUGGAAGCAAAGGUGUACUUACUGAGCAGUUAGUACUGGCUUUGGAAAAAGAAAUGUUCACCUCAAGGAGUUUCCUCUCCUCAAAAGAAAGUAAAGCUGAAAACAACUUGACAUGGUGGAAUGAGCCUGGCAAGAAAAUCAAUGAUGCUCCUGUGGCUUCUUUACUGGACAGUGAGGAUGGUGUUCAGCAAUUCAGAGAGAGGCUUCAAAACGAAAAGGAACAGUGUAUGCUAAGUAUGAAUGAAACGAUGGAUGGUACGCUUUACCAGGAAGUGGCUUUGAAAGUAGCAGAAGCUCAGCUCAGUUCUGAUAUGAUUGUGUGGAGACUGAGCAAGUCCUAGAAACUUAUCUAAAUUUAUUUUGAAUAAAGUUUUAAUGAAAUUGUAAUAUAAAAUAUUUAUAUUUUCAUAUUUAUGUCACUUAUUUUAUAGCUCAGAUAUUUGUAGAGAUAAACAACAGCGUUUUGGUUGAUGACUUCUAGCUGGUUCAGCAAAAGUAAAAAGUAACAGUCACUAUUUGGUCACAGAUUUCUAAAAUAUAUUUUAAGGUACUUUUCUAAUAAAUAUUAUUUGAAAGUUAUAAUUCUUGAUCUUUAAAUGAAAUACAUUAGGAAAAAGUAAGUAUGUAUUGUUUAAAAUAGUCCUACUAAAAUUCUACUAGAACUAUUAACACAGCCAACACUAAGUUUGUUUUUUUUUAAAUCUUAAGACUAAGCUACAGGAAGUUAAACAAAUUUAGUUCAUAAUUUGAUUGUGAUGUUUGAUAAUUUCAAAGCAGCAGCCUAUUUUCUUGAUAUAUCAUGCCUUUUAGAUAACUUUUGUUAAAUCUACAUGCCAGUUGUGAAAUCUGGGGGAGAAAACUCUGGCUGUACUUUGCAGCCCAGUUUUGUAGAGGCCACCUUUGAAUUUGAGACAUUUUGGAGCAUGUGUUGGGGCUGGAGAAACUAGAUUAAGCCUUUUACAGAAUUCCAUGAACUCUUGAACAUUCAUCCUUGUAAUCAUGGAUGUAAUCAUGCUUUUAAAUUUGCAAGGUCCAUCCUCACUGACAAGACCAUGGAAAGGCUAAUUUGCUUAGUAAAUCCUGGACAAAACUCUCUUUCCUUGGAACUUAACCCAACUUCAAAGAUGAAACAAUUAUUUGCUUGUUCCCUGAGUUAUAAGUGCUUGUCUGUUGAUCUUAGCUACUCAGUACUUUGGACCUAUCCUCAACUACUGUAAGUAAUGAGCAACUCCUUGCCUGUUACUAUCUUCUUCUAACCAGAAAUAAAGUGUAUGUGUGUAUCCCAGAAAAGAGCUGCCUGUGA